AUGGAACCAACAUUGGAUAAUUUACAACGAAUAGCACAUAGUUUAGCUAAACGUGCAUUAAAAAAUGGCCAUGAUCCAAAUUUCUAUUCACCAUUUGCUCGAAGUGCUAAAAGAUCAUUGGGAAUUAAUAUAUGUGGUGGAAAACCCGAUGAUGUAACCGUAUUACUUGCUGUUGUAAAAUCGACCUAUAUGUGGAAUAUAACAGAAAAAUUUAUUAAACAAUGUUCAUUAACACUUGGACAAUUUGAUAGUCAAUCUGUUAAUUUACUUGUAAGAUUAUUUCAUAAUCAAGAUGCUUGUAGACAAUUAAUUAGUUUAUCAAAUAAUUUAAAAGAAAAAUUUGAAAAUUUAUUAACAACUAAAAGAGAUUAUGAUGAAAGAUAUAAUGAUACACCAUUAACAAGAAUUGAAUUAGCAAUAAUGAUACAUUUUAAAGAAAAAUAUUUAUCUGAAUUAAUAAUUGAUAAUGAUAAUAAUCAAUUAAAAUCGAAUAUAAAAUUUUCUAUUGAUGAUGAAUUAAAUUUAGCAUAUUGUUUUUUAUUAGCACAAAUUGAUGAUCGUUUAUCAAAAGAAAAAUUAAAUGAAUUAAAAUUUUUAUUUAAUAUUCGACAAUCUAUUGAUAGUUUAUUUGAUAUAUAUAAAAAUUUAAAUGAAAAUUUUCCAAAAUUUUUUUCUUUAUUAAUUCAUUGUAAAUUUUUUGCACAAAAAUUAGUUAUUGUUGAUCAAACUAUUCAAAAUUUUCAAUUAUUUAUUCAAAGAUAUGAAGAUUUUAUAAUUACAUUUGAAAAACAUUAUAAAUCAUUAUUAUUUAAUGAAAAUAAUUAUACACAAACCGAUGCUAUAUUAGAUCAAAAUGAUCCAUAUAAAGUUUCAUCAUUUAUGACAAAAUUUUUAUCAUCAAAUCGUGAACCAAUAAAAUUACCAAUUUCAUCACCUGUAGAACAAGUUCAAAAAGUACCUAUAUCUCGUCCAGUUAUUCAACAAUCGGUAUCACCACCACCACCAUCAUCAUCAUCAUCAUCAAACGUGCCAGGAAAAGGUUUAUGUGUAAUAAUUAAUAUUACAGCAUUUAGUUCAUCUUAUGAUAUUGAAACACCUAAACGAGCAGGAUCAGAGAAAGAUGUUGAUUUAAUUAAAGUUAUUUUUAAAAAAUUAAAAUUUACAACAUUAGAAUGUAAAUUUGAUUUUAAAAAAGAUGAUCUUGAUAGAGCAUUAAAUCAUAUUGAUGAUCAAGGUACAUAUGGAAAUUUUGAUUGUCUUGUUAUAUUUAUUAUGUCGCAUGGACUUUUACAUUCAUUUUUUACAGCUGAUUCAAAAGAAAUUAUUAUACGAGAUAUUAUAAAACGUUAUGCUGAUUCAUCAACAACAACAAUUUGGACAGGAAAAUCACGUCUAUUUUUUAUUCAAGCAUGUCGAUCAGAAUGGCCAGAACAUAUGCAAUGUACUAAACGUGAAGGUGUUACAAUGAAUGAUUUAUCACCAAAAAUGAUUGUUGCUUAUUCUUGUAGUGCAAGUGAAGCAUCAAAACGAAGUCCAACUAAAGGAUCAUCUUUUAUUCAAGUACUUUGUGUUAUGUUACUUCGAUAUAGUCAUUAUUUGAAAAUUCAAAAUAUUCUCGAUUGGACUGCUAAAUUUGUUAUUAAACGUGAUGAAGUUAUUAGUGAACAUCAGGAAAAACCAGUAUCUCUACAACAACCAGAAUAUAUUGAACGAAAUUUUAGUUCAAAUUUUCGAUUUUCAAAUAAUAGUUUAUAUGAUACAUUUAAUUCAUGGGAUUAUGAAACAAAAUUAUCUUUAAAAAUUCCUUUAAGAAUUUGGACAGAAAUUUAUGAUUUAAUACUUCAAAAUCCUAUAAAUAAUAAUUAA